CAGUCACGAUGCGCUUCUCCCUGCUGCUCGCUGCCUCUGCACCUCUCGUCGUCUUCGCAGGUCUCCUCCCCAGGCAGUCCCCUCCUGCCUGUCUGACCACCUGCCUCGGCAUGCUCCCUCUGAACCUGACCACCUGCGACCCGACGGACUUCACCUGCCUCUGCUCGUCCAGCGUCUUCCUCACCGCUGUCACCCAGUGCAUCGACGCGCAAUGCGACACGGCCGAUAUCGAGUCCGCUGAGCAGUACGCAGUCGCAACGUGCGGCGCUGCGGGGGUGGUGGUCACCCCUGCUCCCAUCCCCGGUACCGCGACCUCCUCCGGCUCGGCAACUUCGUCCCCUUCGUCCACGCUUGCGUCUGGCUCUAACUCCACUACGAGCUCUUCCUCUGCUUCGUCUCCGUCUACGUCCCCCAGCUCCUCUGGGAGCUUCACGCUCAACCCCGCGCAGAGCGUCCUCCUCGCCGGCCUGGCCGCAGUCGCAGGGCUGAUGCUCUCUCUGUAAAUCCUGCAUCAAACAAACACCUGCCACUCGGCUGUCCUCGGAAAGACAAAUUAAAUGUUCGCCUGUAUCUCCGCUUUGUUUUCUUGUCCAUUUCUGUUUGACCUUGUCUCAAUUGGGUACACGUGUUUUGUAGGCGUACAAUAACGUUGUGCAUUUGAC